GCGCUCACAUCUCCAGAGUCCUGCUGAAGCACAAUGCCUCGUUUUACCGUCCACAUCCGAGAUGAAUGGCUGGCGGUGCCCUGCAAGGACACCUCCAGCUCUAUCCGGUGGCUUGGACAAGAAGCUCUCAAACGUUACGUGAAGAAUAAACCGGACAACGGUGGCAUUGGGGCUGUUAAAGACACUCGCUUUUUUGUGCGCAGGUGUCAGGGUUUGGGUUUGCUGGACGCAGAGGACACCAUCGAGGAUGUGCUGGAGGAUAACGACUUUGUGGAGCUGGGUACGACCUUUAGCAUUUAAAAAUAUAUGAACAGAUGCAUCACAUUUAAAACUUGACCCGUUUUGGUGAUAUGGCUGUGCGUAAUUGUGCAUGGAUAGUCAUGAUUGGUGGUAAUAUUAAGACAUUAAAAUAUUAUUAAAAAAGAGUAAAGUUAUAUAACACGUGUUGUUGUCCUGUACUUACAGCCAUUGAAGGUGACACCAUGUCUCCUGACUUUAUUCCAUGUGAACCUGGAGUUUCUCACCUGUAUCCUAAAACUUGUAAUCUGUCCAGUGGUGCGCUUUUCGGUUUGAAAGUCUCCAAUAAGUUAGAUUUUUCACGUUGGUACAUUGUUUCCACUUGACUGAGGUGUAAAAGAGUGAAAUGAGAAAUAGUCAUGAAAUAAUACCAAACAAGGCAAUGCUGUAUUUGACAGGCUGAACUCCUUAAUAACGUAAAACAGAACCGCCGCAUACAAAGAACCGGAAGAAGUAAGUGCUCAACUAUUCUCUGUUAAAGUUUUAAACAUACUGCGCUGACUUUACAUCUGUAACACCAGUCUCCAUGUGCAGUAUAUCUGCCUGGACGGCAACAGCCUGACGUCGACAGAUCUGGUCAACUUAGGCAGGGGACUCUACAAGAUAAAGGUAAUGAUCCACAAUUUGUCUCUGUUGUCACUGCUGCUUUGUGGUAAUCUUUGACUUAAUGUAAUGAUUCCCAACAUUUUCAGCUAACACCAGAGGCAGAGAAAAAGGUUGUGCAAUCAAGAGAGUUGUUGGACACCAUUGUCAAAGAAAACAAAGGUUUGGAAACAUCCAUGAAUACUGGCCUGAAUUAUUGGCUACAUGAAAAUAAUAGCGCUUCAGGAAUAAACAACCUCAAACUCUCUCUGCUCUUUCAGUCGUCUAUGGAAUCACGACGGGCUUUGGCAAAUUUGCCCGAACGGUCAUUCCUGUCAGCAAGCUCAAGUAAUGUUAACCUUUAAUUUGUUUUUAUUGCCAAAGUUAGAUCUUCUGUUGAAGAAAGACUGAUUUUUUGCACCUCUUGUUCCACAGAGAGCUACAGGAGAACUUGGUGCGGUCUCACUCUGCAGGUAGUAAAACUCUGCAGAGCUUCAAAAAUAUCAGGAUAUUUUGUGCACUUGACAAAGAAUUUGCUAUUUGGCACAUUCAUUCCUGAAUCAUUAAUUUUAUUUCAUGGUGUUUAGGUGUUGGAAACCCGCUGAGCCCGGAGAGGACUCGAAUGCUGCUCGCUCUCAGGAUCAAUAUUCUGGCCAAAGGGCAUAGUGGAAUUUCUCUGGAAACCCUUCAUGCCAUGAUCCAAGCCUUCAAUGGUAGACCAGUAGAUUUCUCUCACCUGAGCUGAACCUACUUUAGCGACCAGUAAAGUAAAAUCUGUCAUAUAAUAUUAUUCCUUUUCCCCCUUUCAGCUUCCUGCCUCUCCUUUGUACCAGAGAAGGGAACGGUGGGUGCCAGUGGAGAUCUGGCACCCCUCUCUCACCUGGCCCUGGGGCUGAUGGGAGAGGGUAAAAUGUGGUCGCCCAAGAGUGGAUGGGCGGAUGCCAAAUAUGUAAGAUCCUGUAGACACGCCUUUCUGCAUGACAAUCACUUGCUUAAAGGUGCAGGAAAUGUGCUUUUUGCUUGUAAGAGUUAAAGGUUGCAAGGUCCAAUAGGAUAACAUGUUUGCUUUUUGAUGACCCUUGACCUCUUCCAUGUUUUUUUUCCUUUCAUGUGUGGCCAGGUCCUGGAGGCCCAUGGACUGAAGCCAAUAUCACUUAAGCCCAAAGAGGUACUGUGUAAAAACAAGCACUCUCACUCAUGUUUGAUUUGCCUGUACCAGAGAUCCUGACCGAGGGUUCACAGGGAAUGCAUUGUGCCUUCUCAGGGACACAAAUGAAGGGAGCAGAGGGCGUGUUUACUCUAACAAUCACAAUAAGAUGUCAUAGUAAGAGCGUUGAGAUAAGGAUACCUCCAUCAGCUUCUCAACAUUCUCCUGCAGGGUCUUGCUUUAAUCAAUGGGACCCAGAUGAUCACCUCGAUGGGGGCGGAGGCUGUUGAGCGAGCUCAGGCGAUCGCUCGGCAGGCAGACAUCAUUGCUGCUCUGACUCUAGAGGUGCUGAAGGGGACCACCAAGGCCUUUGACAGUGGUGAGCAGCUAAAGAUAUAGAAAAAAGUCCUCUACAAUAAACUUCAACUCUUCCAUCUGUUCCAUCUUUCUUAAUGUUUUGGUCUCCUCCCACAGACAUCCACUCAUUGCGUCCACACCCGGGACAGAUAGAGGUGGCCCAGCGCUUCCGCUCACUCCUGGACUCAGAUCACCACCCAUCUCAGAUUGCAGGUGAGAAGAUGGACCAGAUUCUAAAAUAGACAAUUUUUACAACUACCUGAUAUUAUUGUUUUUUUAUAGAGUUGAAACACAAAUAAAAAUGUCUUUUUUAGCCUUACACCCCCUCUAAAGACGUCAUGCAAUCCAUAAAAAAAUAUACAUAUGAAAGAUAAAAGAUCACGUUCUAUAUAUUCUCAAUAAUACAAUCUCAUCCUAGUUUCUCCUGAGAAAAAUCAGUUAUUUCUUAAGUAAGUUUGAACUUGUAGCUCCUGUGAAGGUGUUUUCGGUUUGUACCAAUUUUGGCGCCCCCUGUGGACAAUGAUUUAUUUAUUUGCUGAUCUUUUCUGUAGGUGUGUAAGCAGUGCUCUCUGAUUUAAAAAUACCAUUCUGCCUCCGUUUGGCAGUCAAAGAGUCUCACAUGUGCUUAGACUUAUGAACAAAACAGAUAUCCACUCAUCAAUCUGUGGUUUUAUUUUAGCAAUAUAGAGUUUUUGAUAGAUAGAUAGAUAGAUAGAUAGAUAGAUAGAUAGAUAGAUAGAUAGAUCGAUAGAUAGAUACUUUAUUAAUCCCAGUCAAGAAAUUCAGGGGUCGCGCCAGUCACAGACUCAUACACAGUACACUAACAAAGCCAACGACAACAACAACAACAACAACUAGUGCCCCUCUGCAGACCAGCCAAGUAGAGUAAAAUCAGUUAAAACCAGUAUAAAAAGUGCAAUAAAUGCAGUAGUGCUAGCAGUGCAAUCUCCUGCAAAUGUCCUGUCAUCUUAGUUUGGUUCAUUCAGAAAAACCUAACACAGACAUGCUAUUUGAACUUUACUUGGACAUUCACAGCAAACUGUUGCCACAUCAUAAGAGAGUCCUUGGCAUAAACCUAUCCAUGGCUAACAGGGCUACAAUUUGAAGUUUGCGUAUCACAGUUUCCUCCCACAUGACAUCUCACGAGGAUUAUUUCCUAUUUAGAGCUGUAUUAAUGCACAGUGGCUGCCCACAGCUCAUACAUAGUUACAAAUAGUCAAGUUCAGAGUGUGUAAUUCCCCAGGGGGAAUAAAUAAAGUAUAGCUUUUGGUACAAUUAUGCACCCUUAAACAUGUGGUACUUAAUGAGUAUCAUCUGGUGUUGGUUUGAUUUUCCAGAGAGCCAUCGGUUCUGCGACAGAGUCCAGGAUGCCUACACCAUGCGGUGCUGUCCUCAGGUAACCUCCACUGAAGUUUAUUUAUUCAGUAUAUCUUCAUACUCUCAAUCCUGACCCUCUCACAUCUGCUUUAGUGAUUUUGGGCUUCAGUGUUGUUGAUUUAUUUCUGUGUACAGGUUCAUGGAGUCUGUAACGACACAAUCAAAUUUGUCCAGAACAUCAUCAAUACAGAAAUCAACAGUGCCACUGACAACCCUGUAUCCUUCACCAAAUAACAGUGCACUUGAUGUUAAUAGAUGUGCAACCAGGUUAGAUUUAUCUUUCUUAACAGCCAUAAAAGAUGGUAUUUGCUGAAAGAGGUGAGACCAUUUCAGGUGGGAAUUUCCACGGUGAAUACCCAGCUAAGGUUUGUAUAUUGUCAGUCAAAAAUCAGUGUCUGUUGGAGAUUUUGUUCUCUCUCUCAUACAAAGGUUUUCUUUUUUUAAAGGCUCUGGACUUUCUAGCAAUUGCAGUCCACGAGCUGGCCUCUAUCAGUGAGAGGAGGAUCGAGAGGUUGUGUAACCCGUCUCUCAGUGAGCUUCCUGCCUUCCUCGUCAACGAGGGAGGACUCAACUCAGGAUUCAUGAUCGCUCACUGCACUGCUGCUGCUUUGGGUUAGUGUGCCAAAAAAUAAUGUUUUGUGCAAGUCAGUUCAAUACUUUCUAAACAAAAUGAUCUCUGGUGUUCCAAUGUAAAACCACACUCCCUCAUAAUAUUUGAGCACCAAUAUCUACGUUUUUCUCUAUUUGUGUAGUUUCAGAGAAUAAAGUUCUGUGUCAUCCAUCCUCUGUGGACUCAUUGUCAACCAGUGCUGCCACAGAGGACCAUGUGUCCAUGGGGGGCUGGGCUGCUAGGAAGGCCCUGAGGGUUGUGGAGCAUGUGGAACAAGGUAAUUUUUCUACAUUGGUCAUUUAUAGGAGUAAAGUUUGCAACAAAAUGCGAAACACAUUGAUGAUGUGGUUACAUAAAAAAAGAAAAUAAUAUGAAGCAUUUUUGACUUUCAAAUGUAGAUGCUGUCUGACUUGCUUAAAAUAGUUUACUCUGACAUCAAACAAACUGAUUAGCCAAAAGGCAAAAAUGAUUGGAGCUGCAACAAAACUCCUACAUUGGUGUUUCUUCAAAGAAAAAGAUCUGGCUAUCAUCUAAUAUUCAAUAAAAUUCAGAGCAACUAGAGGCAACAUCUGGUUAGGGUUAGGUUUAGAGCCAGGGUUUGGUGCUAAUAAAGUGCAAAGAUAAGUGAUGAAAACAUGCCAGUGUAAACAAACUGGGGCUGAACUGCGGUAGCAAAGACUGACAACAUAGUUGAGUGGUUAUGCAGGAGACCAUACUAAUAAGUGAUUCCCCCUUAAGUUAAAGACUGAUCUCCCCUCUACCAGUUUUUGUUUUAAAAACACAAAAUCAUGACGAUAGUUGCAACAUGUGGUAAAAUACCAAAGCGCUAUAAAAGAGAGGAGAGAGCUGUGAAGCUACAGUGUCUGUUUCUUAAUACUUACUACAGUGGUUGGUUAUUUAAUGUAGUCAAACAAGAGAUGAGUGUAGUUGAGUACCACGAGUGCCACAUCCAAAUAUAACCAAAUAAUGUGAUGGAAACUUGUUUUUAAGCUUCAUGGAAAAUGCCCUUUGAAUAAAAGGAUUUCUUUUCUACAUUUAUAAUCAUGAUAACCAUUCUUAGUCUCUUCUCACCAUGAGGUAUGCACAACCUAGGAGACUCCCUCAAAGUGUAUUUGUGGUAUUAUUACUUAGUAUUAUUCAAUGUCAUGUAAACCAGAGAUUAAAUCCAGUCCACCACAUUGCGUAACCCAUUUUAAUGAUCCCAGAAUAAAACCAGGAUUAUCUUUUAACAUGCCAGAGAUGGGACAUCAGAGGUUGUGUAAUGAUUACAUUUCUGAGUAAAAUAUCAACAUUCAGGGGAAUUUCUCUAACAGAAAAUGUGAUCCUUUUAGAGGGCAAUACUAACAAGUAACUUACUAACUCUCACUGAUUUUUUUUUCUUUCUUGUGAUUAGUUCUCGCUAUAGAGCUGCUGGCGGCUUGUCAGGGCAUCGAGUUCCUCCGCCCACUUCGUACCACCACUCCAUUGGAGAAGGUCUAUGAACUUGUGCGCAGUGUGGUCAAGUAAGUCAAACAGAUGUGAGCAAGGUACAAAACUUUCUGUCUGCUGAAAUGAUGUGCAGGAAAGUUAAUAUUUAUCCCCUGUUCCACCUCUGACUGUCUCUGAAUCUUAACUGCUCUGCCAUUAACAGACCCUGGAUUAAAGACAGAUUCAUGUCUCCAGACAUUGAAGCCAUUCACCGUCUGAUACUUGACCAAAAGGCAAGUGCAAAAUGUAGAAACAAGGUUAAUUCUUCCCAUGUCUAUACAAUGUGCUCAACCACAGGAGGUGGUUCAGUGUUUUUAAAGUAACAUGCUUCUGUUCUCGCUUUAGGUGUGGAAUGUGGCCAAACCUUAUAUUGAGAAAUAUCAGUCCGAGUACAUCCCAGAGUCUCGUCCCAUCUCUCCUACAGCCUUCUCUCUGGACCCUCCAGCGUCACCUAGAAAAAGAGUUCGUCAUGAGUGAAAACAUUUCCAUUUUUUACCCUAAGAAUCUAAAAUUAAACCAUCCUUUUUUAAAAAUCAUUUAGAAAUGCCUGGAAGCCAACCUGUAUUUGAAUGAAGAUUGAUUUAUGGGUGCGAUGUUACUUUUACCACAUAUGGACUGAAUUAAUGCUGUGAUUUCUUAUAUCAACAUUUUUAAAUCUUUAAGGAAUUGGAAGUGUAAGAUCUCUAAUAAUGGUUGGUUGCUGAACUUGUGCUACACCAGUGUGCAUUAGAAAUGUAUUUAUCUAACCUUUUUUUGUCCCUUAAAAUGUGCCUGAUUACAUUUUUAUUGCCAUAUGACUACCUCAGCCGCUGUAUCACUUGGAUAUCAAAUGUUCCUUAAUAAUGUUGCACAAAGAAUAACUGGCCUCAAUGAUGUGUCUUCAGAUGUGAUUUGAUAUGAUCUGAAAUGAUUGAAAUCAACAUUACUCUGAUUAGAUAUUGCAAAAAUAAAUGUUUCAAAGUGGC